CAACUCUUCGUCCUCUCAGAGCUUGUUGACAAGAAGACUGCAGCAGCAACAACAACAACAACAACAGCAGCAACAGCAGCAGCCGCCAGCGCCGUCACAAUCGUUCGAACGCCAGGAGAAUGAACCGAAUGCGACGCCGUUCGGUCAGUCGAAUCAAGGCGAUGCGCGGAGGACGAGUCACGUCCCUGGAUUUGCGGCGUCUACACCUAGCCAUUUCUCCUCUUCCUUACCUGGUUCAUCCGGUCGACUCGGUACGAGCCAGCAAUCCGCCGGUCAAUCUGGCAACAAGAGCGGGAACGCUUUCGGAUCGCCUCAUUUGCCCUCGUCGGGUUUCUCGUCGUCGUUCGGCUAUACGCCGGGAUCGCUCAAUACCAACCGUUCAGGCGGUUGGGGUCCUUCUCGCGGUGUCGGUGGGACGCCUACGACACCGAUGACGAUACCGAGCUCGUUGUCAACAUCGGUGUCGGGACCCCAACAACCACAAACCCCAUUCCAGGCCGGGUCUGUUCCCGGAUCCAGUUUCGGGACGAGUGCCAAAUCCUUGACGUCCAAGACUUCCAAUAAUGGACAGCGCACAGGCAAAUCGCGCAAAUCUUCACUCGCGGCUCACAACUAUACUUUUUCCGCCCCUACAUCGACGACGACCUCGCCACGACAACCGGCUCCUCGACCCUCUGGAUCCAAUUUCGCAUCGCAGCCGCCCAGUCAAACGGGUACGACGAUGUCCUCUGGUACUUCUCCAGCGAGUCAAGCGGCGUUACCCGACCUACCACCCUUGCCCGAGGGCUUUUCACUGGAGAAUCUCGCUCAAUUCGGUCAUUCUGGAUUGGAGCUCGCGAUACGUAUCGGGAUGGGGAUCGGACUCAGCAUACAGCAAGCUCAGCAGCAGUCCGCUGGGUCGGGAGGGAAUCAAGCGUCUGCGCUCGACGCCGAGUCGAUGCAACGUCAGCUGGCACAACUCAUGCAACAGCAAAGCGUUACGACCGAGCUGCCUGUGUCACCUUCAGCUCAGGGCUUAUCCGGCAGCUUCUCGAACUCCGGUCCGCGAUCAGCUGACGUCGUCAAGGAUAUUCUCGGGGAAGACUUCUUCUCUUCCCGCCAUCCUUCAACGCCAGGAGCUACACCUGGCCUUGUGGGUGGAAAUGGAGCCGCCAGUUCCAAGCCGACGUCUCGUCGCACGAGCAAUGCAGGCGAACUCCAGCUCAUAUCGCCGGUGGGCAACUCGCCGAGCGAGUCGUCGGGAUUGCAAUUCGCAGACAAUGCGCAGGACAUGGCCAAGAAAGAUCCCCUCGCCACGCAGGUCUGGAAGGCCUAUGCAAAGGCCAAGGGCGGGCUUCCCAAUGGAGCUCGAAUGGAAAACUUGACCUGGCGUAUGAUGCACCUCACCAUGAAAAAGCCUGAGGACGGUACCAAGACGCAGAGCGGAAUGGAAUUGGUACAAGAAGAGGAUGAGGCGGCCGAGGAGGCCGAUAAGCCAGGUGCCAUGGCCGGUGAAGAGGUGGAGCGAGGACGACGUGGGCGUUUCAAGGGUAAAGGUCGCGUCGUCGGUUUCGACGCCGAGAGUCCUCAGGGUCAGCAAAACGAUGUCGACGCCAUGGAUUGGAGGGCUGCUAGCCGCUCGCGCUCGCGAGUCUCGGUCAUGGACUGGAGACCGCAGUCGAGAUCGCGCUCGCGAUCUACGUUCAACCGAGUCCGAAAUCCUUACGACCACGGCUCUGAAGCUCAUUCACACAGUCUUCUCGGUCGGGAGGACGUGGUUGAGCCGAAUCCGAUGUUUUACGAAUCACAGCUCUAUAAUCAACCCUGGCAGCUUGGUGGAGCCAGUCUGCCCAACUUGCCCCACGCUAGUCUGGGCAUGGCAACAGGUGACCUCAAACACGAGCAAGACAACCAAGCCGGCAACAGAAUCGUUAAUACGUCGACGAGCGCUUCUUCCGGCCCGAUCGGCGUGCCCAGGUCUUUCGACCUGAAUCAGGCGGUCCGUGCUGCUGCUGCCUAUGACGCCUUUGCCACCUCGGCAUCCAGCGCGGAUGGUCAGCCGUUGCAUUUGUCUGGCCAGGUGCCCCCUUCAGUGCUUACCGCUUCGCACCGAGGAUCGCCCCUUGACAACAAUAGCGCUGGAUUGCCAGGCAUCUCUGGUCCUGGACUGUACGGUCAGACGGAAGAAAACUAUCAUCCCAAAUACGGAUACCUACCCAGACGCGUGCGAAAGACGAGCUUUGACCAUACGGUCGAGAAGGGUUCUUCGGGAUCAUCUCCUGGCUUCAUACCUCCUCCAAUGACCGCGAAGCAGGCUCGGAAGCGGCCAGCGGAGGCCUCUCCUCAAAUUCUGGCCAAGGCCCCGGUCCCUAUACCAGAGGACGAUGGUGGCAACUUUUUGGAUUUCCCGACGGCCGACUCGACGAACCUGCCUCCUGGCGAGUUUCCUAGUACAGCGUUCACCUUUUCUUUCCCGCAUUCAUACGAAACAUUCUUUGACAUGGCGGCGGCGACGACGAAUACACCGGCCAACACGACCGAUAUGCUCGACUUUGGGACCCAGCUUUCGGCAUCGUCUCCGGGCGACAUGCUCAACUUUGCCAACGCUUUCAAUGACAGCGGCUUGGCCAACAUGACAUCCUUUUCCACGUCGCAUCAGGCUCCCGUCGAGACUCUCGCUCCUGGGCUCUUGCAGGGCGGUGACGGUGCUCAAUCGUUCGAUGGCGCAGACCUGAAUCAAGGGGAUUCGUCCGUGACGUUCCAGCAGAUGAUGCAACAGUAUCUCAACACCAACGCCACGGUGAACCCUUUCACCCAUAUCAACCCGGCUCAGAUGCUCGGGAACAUGGGUCACACGUCUGAUCGGGCGAUCUCGGUCUCGGCGACAGACUCACCGCAUGCCGAAUCGUCACCCCAUGGACCGACGAAACAGAUGCCGAGGAGCGUAGGCGGGAAAUCAGUCCCCGUCAACAAGGAAGACGCUCGAGCGCCAGCGCCCAUCCGGUCGAACAGCUCCCCUCAUCUGGCCGGGCUCGGUGUGCAGAGCAUGACGCCUUCGGAGCCGUCUUCGAGCCAGCCGACCAAGAAGGGGACCAAAUCUGGAAAGGGAGGUAGCAAGACGGGCCCGAACACGCCUUCGAGCGACAACGAUCACGGAGCGGGUUCGGUCAUCACCUCGGGGGAACCGCCGACCAUGUGUACCAAUUGUCAGACGACCAACACUCCGCUGUGGAGACGAGAUCCUGAUGGGCAGCCGUUGUGUAACGCAUGCGGUCUGUUCUACAAGCUCCAUGGUGUUGUGCGACCUCUGUCGCUGAAGACGGACGUGAUCAAGAAGAGGAACCGAGCCGCUCCUGGUACCAAGGAAGCCUCGAUCCCUUCGCGCAAGAAUAGCAUCGUUGCGGGUCCCUCAUCGAAACCGCCCGCGAAAAAGGUGGCCAAGGGGUCGAGCUCGAUCGUCGACCAGUUUACGAGCGCAUCGGCCCCGACGAAAAAGGCCAGGCGGACUUCAGAUGCCGAGGGUCUCAACGCGUUUGGCGGGCUGGCUCAAUUCGAACCGGCCAGCGCCAAUUAGACGAUCGUGUCCGGUGCAUCAUAGAGAGCCCAAGAAUCCUCCUCUCUCUCUCUCGAUCAUUUCGAUUGCCGGAUCAGCUGGUCUCGGUAGGGUCGUGUAAUAACAGUAGUAAUACAUCUUUCUCUUCGCUUUCGUGCCACAUUGGAGGCAAGGCGGAGUCUGGACAUUCAUCCCUUGCUGCCUCCGUCCCCGCUCGGAAUUUGUAUAAGGAUAUUUCAGGACAUGUAUUUUGUAGUUUGGUCAAACAUCAGACAUUAGAGAAUAGCAUUGCCA